GUGCCCGUAGUACUAGUGUAUGUGAUGUAGACCUGUGGAUUUUACUAAAUAUCAACAGAUAACAUUAUUAUGGAGAAGAGAUCAAGUUCGGAUACUGACGUGUAUAUGGGACCAUAUAGAGCGACAAAACUUUGGAACGAUGUUAUUUACACUUUUCGAAAUGGCAUGCCAUGUGGUAAACACAGAAGAUAUAUGAGAACUUAUGAAGAUUGUUUUGUUGCAUCUUGUGCUGUAGAAUGGGUACACAACUAUAUGAAGAAUAAUCCAAACUUUGGUCAAGAAGUUACCAGGGUUCAGACAGUACAACUUUUACAAAAGAUUUAUAAAGCUGGUGUGUUUGAGGAUGUACGUGGACCAAAACAUGGUAGAGCAGAUUUUGCUGAGAAUGGAAGAAUCUACAGAUUUACAUCUUCUACCUCACCAAAAACAACAAACAGUUCAAGUAGUAGAACACCAUUAUCUACACGUAAAAAUAUAGUAAACUGUGAUACACCUGAUACUACUGAUGGUUGUAAACAAAUAGAUGAUGAUGAAUUACGCAGUUGUCAUCUUGUAGCUAAAAUACUUACACCUGGGGAAAUAGAAGAUGUUUGGAAGACAUUCACAUUGUCAAGGUUACAGUUAACUAUUGGUGUAGAUAAUUUAACAGAUAUAAUGGAUAGUCAACUAGUCAAUGGUCAUAAUAUCAUGCAUAAUUGUAUUUAUAUAAAUAAGAGUGGUCUUGUUAGUAAUGUACAACCUAAAGAUCAACUUCCACCAUGGGCAAUGUCUGCUAUGAAAUGUUUAGCUAGAUGGCCUGAAAAAGUAGAAGAAAAUCUACCAAAUUAUCCUGGUUUUGAAAAAGAUGUAUUUGGAGUGGUGAAAGAUUAUUUUACAAAUUUAGAAGAACCACUCAUGACCUAUGAUAUGUAUGAAGUUAUAACGAAUGUUUUUGUUUGUGCAGAAAGCCGUUUACCUCGUCAUUCAUCUCCGAAUGUGAAUGCUUCAUCCUCCUCUGGUCGUUCUACCCCGAGAACUCCUUGGUGCUAUCCUUCUAUAGAAAACCUACUUCUAGAUAUGACGAGAUCUGGUAGUUUUGGUAAAUCUUACUCUUCUGUCCCAUUUCAUUUAACUAGUGCUUCUACUUUAAAUCUUUCUCGAAUAGAGCCAGCCGCUGAUAGUAUGGCCCCUGACAGUGCAAGAGUUCUUUCAUCGAACAGUCUUCCAGUGACACAUUAUGAAACAGCUUUUGGUCCUGAUAAUAGAACAGUGACAAGGGUUUAUUUUAGUCAGGGUGUAUCAACGGAUUAUGGACAUCAUCAAAGUAGUGAUGAGGAAGAAUUAGGUAUGCCUUUAGAAACACAUUUUGAUGUGUCAACAGACUUUCGUCGGCGCCAUUCUGACUCUGGUAAUUAUCAAGUUAAUUUUACACGUGUGAAAUCAUUGGAUGGCAUAGAUCGUGCUAAAAGACGUUACAGUAGAAAGAAUUCUUCUAGUUCCAAAAAUGGUAGAUAUAGCAUCCAUUUAUCAAAGUCUCUUCACAAUGGUGAUACACCAGUCUCGGGAAAAACUUUUGGAAUCUUACCUCGAAAUGCAAAUGUUGCUCGCAGAUUGGCCCGUCCUUCAAGUUCAUCAUCAUAUGAUAGUUGUGGUUAUCAACCAAUUCUAGACGGAUCCAAGUACUCCCGUUCCAACAAAAGAUUAAGUUCGUCCUCACCAGAUCUAGCCAAUAUGUUAGCAGCAGAAGAUGCAAAGAUGUCAAAUCCUAUCUCUGAAGAUGAACCUGCAGAAAAUGGAAAACAGAAAUCUGACUGUGAGUCAUUAUCAGCAGAAGAUUGUGCUAAGAAAGCCCUCCAAUUAGUUUGUCUUCUAUUACCACCAGCUAACAGAAGAAAAUUACAACUUUUACUUAAACUGAUGUAUAAAAUGACAAUAAAUCAAGAUUUAAAUCUUGAUCCAUCACAAUCUACUCGUAGUCUAGUAUUAGAAACUUUUUAUAAAUGUAUAUUGAGUUGUCCGGAUGAGAAUGAAAUGGAUCAUGUUUUAGUUAUACAAUUAGUAUCAUUUUUAAUGGAUCAUCAUACAGAAGUGUUCAGUGUUCCUACAGAACUUAAAUUAUCUGUAGAAGAUAGAUUAACAACUUUACAAAAACCACAGAUCAAAUAUUCACCUGACGAUCCCUUGUCAUUACGUUAUUGUCGACAGGUUGCUGUGUCUACAUUUGAAAGUGAUAAACAAAGUAAUUCCCAGAAAGCCCUGACUAUAUUACUAGAAGAAAUAAUUAAUGAUACCAACAUGGCAGACAAAGAUAAAAAGAAACGGUUAAAAAUGUUUCAGAAAACCUAUCCGGAAAUUUAUACAAAGAGGUUCCCAACAGCUGAAAGUGCAGCCGAGGUAUUUCCUGCUAAGCUAAAGAUCAAACAACCAUUAUUGGUCAAGCCAUUUAUGAAAUUACGUGGGCUGCGAAUGUAAAUUUAUUCAUCUGUAGUUUCACAAGAAAAAUUAGAAUACUAGACUAGGAAUCAUUUUUGGGUUUUAGUAACAUCUAUACUUGUACAUUUUGUAACUAAAAUCUAAUGUUUAUUCAGUAACUAAACAUGAACAAUAUGUGGUAAAUAACAUCUAUGGAAACCAUUAAUGUUUGUGCUGGUCUCUGUAUUCAGUGCAUAUAGUAAAGAGCAUCAAAUUAGUGCAUUAACAUAUAGACAGUCAUUAAUUGUUUGUACAUUAAGUAGAUCUAAUUUAUAACAUUUUCAACUCGAUUCCCGGAUAAUUAUAUAUUUCUUACUGAAAUGUUAGAUUUAACUAUAAUAUAAAAUAUCUGUUUAUACAUGUACUUACUUGUACAUAUAUAUGUAUUAUUUUCCUUAUAACAAUAUUGAUUUUUAUCUAACCAUGAACAAAGAAGAGAACAAUCAAGCAUGUAUUUAUUAUAUCUUCUAUAGUAUUACAGUUUUAUGUUCCUGAGUAAUUUUAAUGAGAAAAAAAAGAGAUACAUCGAUAAGUUACGAAAACUAAUUGAUUAGUUUAUCGUUUCAGUAUGUAAUUAUUUAUUUUAUCAUCUUUGGAUAUAUUAAAUUUUUGAUUUUAUCAUAGUAAUAAUUCUUUUCAACCCUAUUCCAUGUUUUACUAACCGGUUCCAAUUUAAAAUAUUUUCAAUGAAUUUUUUAUUUUAUUAUUUUGUACAGUUGUUACUGUGUAGUUGUAUUUAUGUACAUAUAUGUAUCAAUGUAAAAUAUGUAUUAUAUGUAUCCUCCCAGUGACACACUUGUCUCCAUUUCAACAUAGAAAUAUUUUUUAGUGUAUUCAGAAUAUUGGCUUACUUUAUGUAUACUGUACAUUUGUUUUAUAUAAUUCAGAGUUACUAAUUUUUAUUUCGCACAUUUCAAUCUAAAUAAAAUCUAGAACUGAUUUGAUUUUGUACAAUUAUAUGGUUAAUAAUAUCUAACUAAAUUUAGUCCUAUAUUUUAAUUAGAAUAGGUUACAAAUGAUCAGCUAUUACCAGGUAUUAUACUUCCUCCUCAGUGACAGUCUCUUUAAAACUUGAUUCCGAGAAUAAAUUCUUACUCACAAAAGAAAAUAUAUAAAAAAUACUCCUUGGGUGAUAUAUAAUAUAUUCCAGGUAGUGAUAUAUUUGCAAUACUUUGAUCAUAGCAUUGUGAUCUUACUUAAAUAAGUUUUGAUAUAGCUUAAAUGAUAUAAUGACAAAUUUGUUAGAUUACUUUUAUAGAGACUGUCGCUUUAAAUCAAAUUACUUACAGAUUAUCUUUCAUGUUUUUGUAUUAUGUUUCAAUGAAAGAUUCUCCUGUGUGAGUAGAUAUUGAUUUUACUGAUGUAAAUUAAGAUGAUUUAUGCUUGGCUACAUUCAUGUAAAGACAUCUCCCGGGACUAAAAACAAAGUAAACAGAUCUUGGCUGUAAACACCAUAUUAAUCACAUCCAAAAUUCAUGAAAUGCGGAUGAAUAGCAGAAUUACCUGUAUUUUCAUUUACAUUACAUCAUAUUUCGUUUUUAAUUAAAAUUAUAUCUUAAAUGUCUUGGAUACAUUGAAUGCCAAGCAUGAGCUUUUUAUACGCCAACAUUUUCAUGUGGACUUAAUAUUGUCAUUGCCCAUGUCUGUCCGUUUACAUUUUGUUUCUGAACACUCUACAGCUCAAAAUUUCUGUCUGAUUUUAACAAAACUUGAUAUAUAGGUGUAUCUCCCAAAGAUCUCAGUUCCUGGCAUAUAUUGGACCGAAGUGUCACGUUUUUAGCUUGUGGAAAUUUUUAUCCAGUUUUGAGGAAGCUUAAAAUAUGUGUUUAUAUCCUAAAUAUCUGGGUUCCUUUCAGAACUUGCGAUUAUCAGACUGUAACUUCCUGGAUUAUGACUCCUGAUUGUUAAAAAAAAUUGCUUUUUUUUUUUUAACUUGUUCUCUGUCCAUCUCUUGCAAAAUGUGGCAUAUCUUGCAUGGCAACUGCUUAUAAAAUCUCAGCCAUCCAGUAGUCUAGGAGUGAGUGGAUAUGGGCAUGUGAAUAAAUCUCAAAAUGUGGCAUAUCUUGCAUGGCAACUGCUUAUAAAAUCUCAGCCAUCCAGUAGUCUAGGAGUGAGUGGAUAUGGACAUGUGAAUAAAUCUCAAAAUAAUUUAGAUAAAAGACCUGCAAUAGUCAGAUUAAGAUAUUAAAUCAGUAAGCAAUGUUAUAAUUAUCCUAAAUAUCAAAAUGUUAACAUUGUCUGGUCAAAGGUGUUAAAACAUGUUAAAUUACACUCAUGGUUUAUCAGCCAUGGCAACAAGUUUUAAAUGCCAAUAAUCUUCUAUGAUAAAAUGUCAAAUGUGUUGCUUUAAUUAGCAUGUACACAUGUACCAUAUCUAGUCUAAAUCUUAAUUAUAAGACAAUGAACAGUAGUAUUACUAGUAAAGUUGUAUGUAUAUCUCUACUUUACUGCGUUUUAUUUUUUAGCUUAGUUAUUGGUUUUAAAUCUUAGUGGAUUAUUUACCUGUAUCUAUAUCGUGAAAUAUGAAGCCAAUAUUCUGAAGGAUCAAUUGUUAUAUUAUUUUAUUCUGUUAGAGAUUUCUACACAAAUAAAACUAUUUUCUCAA